AUGGCUAGCGAUCUUCCCGUGUCAAAGAAAAGCGUACUCAUUCUAGGAGGCUCAUAUGGCGGCAUAUCAAUUGCACACUAUCUAUUGAAACAUGUCAUUCCCACUCUUCCUGAAAAAGCCAACUAUCAAGUCACCCUAGUUAGCAUUUCGACCCAAAUCCUCUGUCGACCAGCAUGUCCCCGCGCAUUGAUAUCAGACGAUCUAUUGCAGCAAGACAAGCUAUUGGUGAACAUCGCCGACCAGUUCAAGCAGUAUCCAGCUGGUGCCUUCCAUCUUUUACGCGGAGCUGCCAUUGGAUUAGAUCACGCCAGUCGAUUAGUCUCAGUCAAACUUAGUGAUCAAACCGAGUCAAUAAUCCCCUUCCAUGCCCUCGUCAUCGCAACUGGCGCAUCAACACCCUCACCACUCCAUGGAUUGAGCAACGACGAUGAAAGCCAUCUGCGCAAAAGCUGGUCUGCAUUCCGUGAAGCCCUACCAUCAGCCAAACACAUCGUCAUAUCAGGCGGAGGUCCAACCGCCAUCGAAACAGCCGGCGAACUAGGCGAAUACCUCAACGGUCGAGCGGGGUGGUUUAGCUCCAAGCUAGAAAACCCCAAGGUCUCAAUCACAGUAGUAACAUCCGGUUCACGGAUUCUGCCCACGCUCCGCCAGAGCCUAGCGACCAAGGCUGAGAAGUUCCUUGCGCAGCUCGGCGUGACGGUCAUCAAAGACAAGAAAGUGGUAGCCGUGGAACCAGCCAAUGCUGGACUGGAGGGGGCAUUGAGUUCCAGAGCCAUGUUGACCCUCGCUGAUGGGAGCACGCUCCAAGCCGAUCUUUACAUUCCUGCCACGGGCACGAGACCAAACACCAGUUUUGUGGAUGCGGCUUUAUUGAUAGAUGGACGUGUUGAGACGAAUCCAUCUACUUUACGAGUCGAUAAGGCCGGGCCGCGGAUAUAUGCCAUUGGUGAUGUGGCAUCGUACGCACGGCCUGCUGUGCACGGUAUUCUUAGUGCUGUGCCUGUUCUCGCGGCGAACGUUAAGCGGGAUUUGCUUGGGACUGGGGAGGAUCGGGUGUUUAAAGAGGAUGUUCGUGAGACACAACUUGUUCCGAUUGGGCAGAGUAAGGGUGUUGGGGCGGCGAUGGGUUAUCAAUUGCCUAGUUUCUUGGUGUGGUUGAUUAAGGGGAGGGAUUAUUGGCUUUGGACGACUGCGAAGUUGUGGAGUGGGGAGCAGUGGGCUAAGGAGUCUUGA